AGCGGACGGCGGGCGCCGGACGAGCCCGUGGGCCCCCGCCGGGAGAAGCCAUCUCAUUCCUCCAUCUCGUCCACCCUCCUCUCCUCCCUUUUGUUUCUCUCCUGUGCAUCUGAGGGCGCGUGGUGCUGUGUGUCUGUGCGGGCCGUCUGCGCGACCGAGGCUGCCAAACGUGACCGAGGUAACGACGUGAGGGGAGAGCUUGGCCAUGACAUGCGAUAUUGCGCUGCAGUCUCUCCCCCUCUCCUCAUUCUCCCCUUUUGCCAUAACGUGCUGCUGGCAAUGAAGAGACUGGCGGACUGGCCGGUGGUGUGUGUGUGUAGCCAGAGGACUCCGUCGCUGCCUCUGAACCUGGAGUUGGGACACCACAGCCUCAUCGCAGGUGUGUCCCACGCUCCCCUGAUGUGAUGAAAAUGUGUCCGCAGACCCGGGUGCCUCCUUGGUUUUGAUACGGAGCUGUGUGAAGCAGAGGUGGCUGCUGUUGCGUACUGCUGCACUGACGGAUCUGUUCUGGACGCUCAAGGCUUUGUUAUUUUCUGGCUGUACAAGCAAAGUAGGUAGCUUCUCUCGUACUACUGAGCCGCACUGACUUGUGCUUGGAUUAAUGGCUUCGUUUUGUGCUUAUGAAGCCUGAUCAGUAACGAUUUCUUUUCCAACCCUGAAGGUGGGGUACUUGUUUACUUCAGCUAAAGGCUCAAAAGGUGCCAAAGAGUUGUUCGUAGGUGAGAAGGGAGCCUCUAAGCCUGGUCUGCAGUGACCUCUAGCUGCUCUGCUGCUGCUGGAAGGAGGCAGACUGAGCCCCUCCCGAUGUUUCCUAUAUGGAGUCACGCACUUUUCUUUAACUAAAUACUGGUGGUUUCUUCUCAUCUGCACACCUCAGUCAAAGAAAACAAAACCCAAACUGUUUAUCCUGGAAACAACCAAAAAACUUCAUAGUUACCAUCUGAAAGGUUAUUAAAUAUUGGCCUUGUGUGUAUGCGGUAAAAACUGUUAUCUUAAAUCUGUGGUGAGGAUUUCUCCAGUGGUAGCGGUGUGGCCCAUGAGGCCCCAGUGCUGUGCUACAGCCCUUCUCUUGAAAUAGAGCCCCUGGCUUCUCAUCACGCAGUGCAUUCUCAUGGGUGGGCGCAGAGCUGUCUGGCCGAGCCCUGCCCUGUGUCACCUCACCCGUGCCUAUAUUUUGCAGUUCCUGGAGUUGUGCUGUGCCAAUGCCUUGGGUCCUGUGUGCAGCUCUGGCCCUCGUGUCUCCAGAAGGACGCAGUGGAGGUAGCGGAUGGCACUGCAGUGCUAAAUGGGAUGGAGCGGCAGCCUGCCCAGUGGGACCGCCAUUUGGAGAGGGAAAGGCUGAGAUGAGGGUGAGCGUUGGCUCUGCCGUGAGCUGGGGGUUGCAGCCCAUGUCCUCUAGAGGUCCCUUCCAGCCCAGUUUUAUCUUACUCUGUGUUACGGUGUAAGCCCACUACAUCGGGCUGGUGGUGGUUCCUACCUGCUGGUAACCAAAUCAGCCGGGCCAGAGGCAGGGGGGUGCACAGGGAAGGAGGAGGGAAUCUGCUCUAACCAGUGUGACUGGGGAGCAGCUAUGAACUUCCAGGUGUAGUCCAGGCUUAAGGAUGUAGAUAGUAUCAGCAGGAGGUUAAAAAAAAAAGUGUGUUAAUGGAGAACAGAGCUGUAAGGAAUCGUAAGGGAUUGAACAAAUUAAAACCUCUGCCAUCCCUAAUACAGUUUACGUCCCCUGUGUGUGGACGAGGGGCAGGAGCUGAGCUGGGCGCUUUAGGGCUUUGCCGUGCUUCCUCCCUCUUGCCCAGCUGUUACAGGUAGAGGUGUCAGCCCAGGGGGGGGAUGGCAAUGUGAUACGUGUUGUUGGACAGCCCAGUGGUUAUUUGUCGAUUGGUGUCACCAAAUGUCCCCAGCAGAGCUGGAAAGCAGCCUCACCCACAAGAGUCAGCAGGCGCCUGACAUUCUCAGGUCUUCCAAGCAGGCACUUUUGGGGCACAAAGGGAGAAUGAGGUGUUGCAGCAUAGUGGCUGCACAGCAUGUAAAGGUGAGCUGGCGUUAUUGCUACAGAUGGUGCUUGGAACAAUUGGCAGCACUCUGCUGGCACGGGGACGUGGUUGUUGUACACUCAGGGUGCUGACAUGAGUGUUUUAGGUUGGAUAUUAGGAAACAUAUCUUCUCAGCAAGGGCGGUGAUGCAGUGGCACGGACUGCCCAGGGAGGUGGUGCUGUCACCAUCCCUGGAGGUGUUCAGGAGGCACAGAGAUGUGUCAGUGAGGGACACGGUCAGUGGGCACGGUGGGGGUGCGCUGGGGUUGGACUGGAUGGUCUUAGAGGUCUUUUCCAACCUUCAUGAUUCUAUGAUUCUGCAUUUUGGGGAGUACAGUGCUUUUAUCCCAGCAGUGUUGAGGGAGAUCAGACGGCCUGUGGUUUCAAACUGUUUUUUCCUUCCUGCUGGCUAUUCCCUUGAGCCGUAUUCUCUGCCUCAGCUGCUCUGGAGCCCUGCUAGAGCAGGCAGACCUUGUACUAAGCACCCUAGGCAGUAUCCAUGCUGUGCUGGACUGGGCUGCUCUGAAGAUUGUGAGGGAACCGUAGCAGGGCUCACAAGAUCAGGGAGUUAUGUCUCGUGUGCCUGCAGAGCUGGGUACGUGCAUUUGAGUCAUGGAUGCUUUUUAAAGUUAAUCCUCCUGGUAGCUGUGUUGGUUCUCCUGAGCAGUGCUGUUCAGGCAGCUGGGUGUACCAAGGUACUUGUGGCACAAAAAAAGUUCGAGGGGUACAUUUGCAAUCACAGAGUGUGGGUUUUAUUUUCACAAGUGCCGCAGAGCCUGCAGGCCAGCCAGGCAGCAGCCCGCCAGCAGGACUGUGUAGGUAGGUGUGCCAGCCCAGGGCAGGUAUCAUCUGUCCAGACUGCACGCUGUAUCCAAGUGAGAGACAAUUGGCGUGGCUUUGUGCACAGCGCCAGCAGAGCAGGGUGUCUCCCUCUGCAAUCUGUUAAGGCAACUGGGGGCUGGGGGAGCGCUGUGUUUGUGACUCAGGGCGGGCACUACUCUCAUCCCCUCGCCUUCAGGAUGCCAAGAAUGGAAACUGCCUCCGUGCAGAGGCUCACAGCCACGGCCACAGCUCUCACUGGAGAAGCAAAGAACUGCUCCGGCAGCGUCUCAGUGUUUCCUUAUGCUGAGCUUCCCUGCCUUCUGUUCCAGCUCAGGCCCUGCCAGCUGGCACAGCCAGCACUUCUCCUUUCCCAGCACCAUACCAGCUCCUUGCCUGUGGGUCUUCAAAUGGGUUUGGGCCUCAUGAGUGUGCUGCUGCUGCUGCCAAAUGGGGUAGGGGAAGACUUUUUUUUUUAACCGCAAGGAGGGAAGCGUGUGGAGAGAGAGGAAGCCAGUCUAAGUUGAGGCUUAGAGUUAUUGCUGUUGGAGGACGCUUUUGUCCCCAUCUUCUCUUCCCCUUUGAUGUGUCUGAUGCAGCUGGAAGCCAACUAAAACAAGUUGCAGUCCUACAACGCUCCCUCCAGGUGUGUACUGUGCAGGCCCACAGAGCUGGGAGUCCCAGGAGCUCUGCCUCACCUCUGACCGCAGCCACAGCCAGGGCUCUCAGCAAUGUCAGGCCGGGCUGGAGCACUCUGCUGGAGCAGCCUGCAGCUUACCCGGCACUCGUGUUGAAUCUCCUGCUGGAACGUGGGGCUGGUUUUGCUCUGGGCUGCAGCACUGAGUCAUUUCACAGAGAAAGAUGUGCGCACUGGAGUGAGUUUGCAGCACUGACUGUGCCCCCAGCGGGCGGUACCCUUCCCCGGCUGCCCAGUUCCUGGUCUCACAGGUCUGGCACCUGUGGAGCAGCUUUCUCAUGGCCUCCAUGUAACGUGGAUCCCGAACCCAGGUAAGAAGUGUGAAACAGGACUCGGAAUCCAGGACAACUUUCUUUAUUGCUACCAGAAGGCUUUCAUCAGUACAAUGGCUCCAAAUACAAUACCUUCCUCAGGGCUGUGGAGAGAGCUUACAAUUGGGACAGGUCAUUCUGAGAAACAGAGGUGUAACAUUUAAAAGAGACAAGCUUUUACAGGUUUUACUCUUGGUUAGAAGUUGCAUGAACACAAAACUCGGGGUUGGGUUAGGGGCUCUCGGGGGGUUUUUUUGUUUUGGUUUGGUUUUUGGGUUGGCUGUUUUGUUUUAGUGACUGCUAAUGACAAACCUGUCAAACCUCAGGCUGCCCAGCACUCCACCAAGCAGUGCUGGUCACACGCUGAGCUUAUGGACACACAGAAAGAAACCGGA